AUAUAAGCAUUAUUACUUGAUAGGAAUACCUACUAAAGAUUAUUCCACAAUUAUUAUAUUGCUAGUCCAGCUUGCAAGAGACUUGAUUAUUCAACCAUUCCACCAUAUUCAACCAUUCCAGCCACCUCAAGAAACCAAAUCAAAUGAUACAAAAGAUUGAACUACAAAAUCUUGAAUCACAUCUCACCACCCCCACCAUGACAGCAUCCACCAAAGAACCACCUCAAACCACCCAAGAACUUCUACCAACAACCACCCCAACCACCACCCAAAAGAACCACAAACUCACCCUCAUACCACUAAUCUUCCUCAUAUACUUUGAAGUUGCUGGUGGUCCAUAUGGUGAAGAGCCAGCAGUUAAAGCAGCUGGUCCAUUACUAGCAAUUCUUGGCUUUCUUGUUUUUCCAUUUAUAUGGAGUGUACCUGAAGCAAUUAUCACAGCUGAACUUUCAACAACUUUUCCUGGUAAUGGUGGCUUUGUUAUAUGGGCUGAUAAAGCUUUUGGUCCCUUUGCUGGUUCUUUAAUGGGUACUUGGAAGUUCCUUACUGGUGUCAUAAACAUUGCUUCUUUCCCUGUCUUGUGUAUUAGUUAUCUUGAAAAGAUUUUCCCUAUACUUGGUUCUGGUGUUCCAAGAAAGUUGGCUAUUCUUGGUUCAACUUUGUUUUUGUCAUUUGUUAACUAUACUGGUUUAACUAUAGUUGGUUAUGUUGCUGUUGCACUUGGAGUUGUAUCAUUAGCACCUUUUAUUAUAAUGUCAUUUAUUGCUAUUCCCAAGAUACAUCCUCAUAGGUGGUUAAGUUUAGGACAAGAGGGUGUUAAAAAAGAUUGGAACUUAUUUUUCAAUACCCUUUUUUGGAAUUUGAAUUUUUGGGAUAAUGUUAGUACUAUGGCAGGUGAAGUUGAAAAUCCAAGAAAGACAUUUCCUUUAGCACUUUUUUCUAGUGUGGUGUUUACUUGUUUGGGAUAUAUUAUUCCACUUAUGGCUGUUACGGGCGCGAUCGCGGUAGACCAGCGCGAUUGGGACACGGGGUUUAUGGCUAAUGCUGCGGAGAUGAUCUCCGGGAGGUGGUUAAAAUUUUGGAUCGAAAUUGGAGCUGUUUUAUCAGCUAUUGGAUUAUUUGAAGCUCAAUUGAGUAGUUCAGCAUUUCAAAUUUUGGGUAUGGCUGAAAUUGGAUUUUUACCAAAGUUUUUUGGACUAAGGUCAAAAUGGUUUAAUACACCAUGGGUUGGGAUCGUCUUGUCAACUUCGAUUUCACUUGGAAUGUCUUAUAUGGAUUUUCAAGAUAUAAUUUCAUCAGCUAAUUUCUUGUAUAGUUUAGGUAUGCUUUUGGAAUUUGCAUCAUUUCUUUGGUUGAGGAGGAAAUUCCCAUUGAUUAAAAGGCCUUAUAGGGUGCCAAUGAGAUUGCCACUUUUGGUGAUUAUGUGUUUGAUUCCAUGUGGUUUCUUGGUGUUCAUCAUGGUUAUAGCAAAAAAACUUGUGUAUUUGAUUAGUGGAUUGAUGACUAUUGGAGGGAUUGGAUGGUACUUUUUGAUGAACUUUUGUAAGUCAAAGAAGUUACUAAAGUUCAACAGUAAGGUAGAUGAUAUUUAUGAGGAAUAAUCAAUAGGUAGGUAGUUGGUGUGUAUGGCUUUUUUUUUUCUUUUGCAAGUAAAGACACUUGAGAAAACUUUCAUAGAUGUGAAUUGUACUAUAUUGGAAAAAUGUUGCUUUAUUGCUUAAAGAAUUGAAUCCAAAAAUAUCCUUUGCUUUCUCUAA